AUGCCAAUAACGAGUGAAAAAUACAUCGAGGCGGUGGAAACAGUGGAUAACGAUGCGGAAAACAUCAGGCGCAGCGGCACCUAUGCGUACGCACCUCAGACGGAUUCUGAGAAAGGGUGCGCUGCGGCUGUCUCCUAUUGGAAAGAAGCCCACGUGAAGCUUGGGAAUCUACCACCCGUGUAUGAAGGAAAUACAGAUGUGUAUGCGGAAAGCCGAAGCCGCUCACUUGUAGCCCUGUACAGCGCCAAAGACGACGCCACCAUCUCCUGCGCGUACAUCACUUGCCCUGUCUCCAUAACGAGCACCACCACAGUUAGUACCCCAACAGAGCCAACUGCUGGUGGGGAGGAAGAAGAGGAAGAGCGCGAGGAUGAAGAGAAUCUUCCCGUAGGUAAUGAGGGAGAACCUAAAAGCCAGCCGAAGCCCGGGCCGACAGCUCGGCGCCUCUCCACAUCCUCGGAGACGAUUACCGGCCUUGUUUGCCUCACCAAUCCUCCAGCUCUUGUACAAGGAGAAAAGCCCUUCUCUGAGGAGGUUUGGGCGGGCAUAAAGGAAGCCAUAGAAAACUCCGCUUCUGCCUCAACGCAGUCUGCUCUCCUUGUCACCGCUUUACUCGUGUUCACUCCAUUCAUCAUUCUCUAG